AUGGAGAGCAGGAAGGACAUGGUGAUGUUUCUGGAGGGAGGGCAGCUUGGCACGCUCGUUGGCAAGAGGGGAGCUAAUUUGUCAGAAGCAGUGGGAAGCCCUGGCCCCGAACCCCCAGAAAACAUGAUCCACCGGAAUUGCCUGAGCCCCCGCUCUGGCCCCGUGGCGUCCCGGGAGAGAGGAGGAGGCGGCAAGGAGGAUGAAGUGGAAAGACUGCCACGGACAGCGACGGGGGCGGGGACGGAGAGCCGCCCAGCAGGGCAGGCUGGGGUGGCCCAACCGCCCUCCUCGGAGUCCCCCUCGGCCAAAGGGCAGCAGAGCAGCUCGGACACCGAGUCGGAUUUCUAUGAAGAAAUCGAGGUGAGCUGCACCCCGGACUGCGCCGCGGGGAGCGCCGAGUACCAGCACAGGAAAG